AUGGCGGACCAAAAGGAGUUCAACGUUAUCCAGUUUGGUCGUAGCGAUGGCGCGGAUACAGGACCUGGAUACUGGCCUGCACAGCCUGCACAGCCUGCGCCUCCCAAGAAGGUCCCUGGGGCAGCAACAGACGCUGGACGACGCACAAAGCCGUCAAUGGCGAGACUGGCAGAGGACGACCCACGAUUUGUCGAAUGGAAAGUGAAGCUGGGGAUUCUCCUGAAGCAGGAAUUAUCGCCUAGCCCUCAUGAGGGAAAUGCGUGGCUCGUCAACUUCCCCAGAGGAUACUGGCUGUAUGAGAAAUCCAACAAGACUUGGGUCUCGGGCUAUCCGAUCAAGUCAAAGCUCUUCAGGACACCACAGGAAUUCGCAUUCCACCUCAUAUGGCUCUCAUCUACAUCAAAUGACUACAAAGACUGUUGCUGCCCGCAUUGCAACUUCCAGAGCGCGCCUAAGCCGGUGGUCGUGGAGUUGGACACGCCCAAUCUGCCUCACGCGGAAUCGCCGGCCAAGCAAGAUAAGGUGCAGCCCAAGGCGACACCUGCGCCGAUACCCAUCUCUGGACAGACACAACAAGGAGCUACCAUUGCAAGACCAGCUGCUGCCAAGCAAAGCGCGCUCGCGAAUCAUGUGUCCGCUCCGGUCCAGGUCCAGCCUCAAGUCCAGCACCAGCAGCAACUACACAUGCGGCCGCAAACACAAUCUCCUAUGCAACGACAAUCCCCGGCCCAGACACAGCCACAACCUCAGGCUCCAGCCCAAAGCAAUCCCCAGCCGCAGGCGCAACCACAGGCGCAACCACAAGCACAAGCAAAUAUUAUCUGGAGCCUCAGGUCGCCACUUGUCUUCCGUGCCGGUGAGCUUGUGUGGUUCAACAAUGGAGCGUCUUGGCGGUUGGGCAUCAUCGCCGCGUCAAGCCAGACGGCGCAUGAGCUCCUGCCCAUAGGACAUGGCAUGGUUCACCGCCCCAAUGUGGUCAAGCCUCCCGAGGAUAUGCGACCUUUCUACGCAUUCAGCGUGCCGUUUGUCACCAUACCCGAUCUCAAAGACAAGGUCUUUGACGACAUCCCGUGGGAGUCGACCAUCCAUGCCCUCGGCAACGAUACGGGCAAACGCGACGUCUUCGCGCUGGAUGCGUCCAAGAUGGCGGCGACCAAGAUCGACUACUCGUAUUCGACCUGGUCUCCCGUGUCGCAAGACCAAAAAACCAUCUUCUACUACGGUUGCUUCCUGGGAGCAGAGCGCAUCGAGAUUGGCGAUGCCUUGCGCCUUCGGAAGCUGCCAGCCUCGCUCAUGGCCGGCGAGACCGCGGUCAUGGGGCUGCGGAACAUAUUUGUGUCGGAGGAGCAGGGCGGCCUGCUGUUCCGCGGCCAUCUCUACGUGCUCUGCAAGGAUGCCUCCAAAAACAUUGUCCCGCCGGAGCAGCUUCCCAUCGCGCUGCGCGACGAACUGAAAUGGAGGCAGUCGACUGCUUCGAAAAACAACACCUACCAGUACUCGCUGAUGAAGGAAAAUGUGAUCCUGAACGAGAGGUCGAUCAAGGGCCGCUUCUACCCCACGCAUCGCCUGAUGCCCAUUCUGGACCCGGGGAGCUUCAAUCAGAUCGUAGCGUCGGGCCACGUCAACGAGCAGGUCAUACCGCAACUGAACAACCGCAUGGAGGCAGGCAUGGGAAGAUAUAUUGGCCGCAAGAGGAAUCGCAUCGAUACGCUGGGACCCUGUGUGGCCCACGGGUCACGAUUGGCGUUGGAAGGACAUGUCAAGGAAGAUGUUUGA